AACAGUUGCACAUGGUUAGAAUCCAUGUCCGUCUAUGAGGACGAACAUAAAAAUAUCUACAAGAAGGCUCCGAUAUAUUGGCAUAAGGAUAUUUGCCUUGUCUACAGUGAUGCUUCACUGAGUGUUCUUCGUGGCCCUGUUUAGCUGUAGCAAAAACGGCGGUUAACUAAGUGACGGUUGAUCAUUCUUCCUUUUUACGGAUCGGAUAGCUCGAUACAUGAUCCACGGCAUGUUUUCAUACUUCGUAGAGUACUCGCCAGAGACGGACGUUGCAGAAAUUGACGCGACAAAAUCAACAAACCAGUUCUACAUGCAUUCGAAAAACGAAACGGAUAAUCAACGAGAGAAUUUCGGUGACGAAAGUUUUCGUACACCUUAUGAAUCUAACGGAUUGAAUUUUCAGUACAAAAAGUUACGUAGGGCGAUACGACCCAGCGCGAAUGCUCUAGAUUAUUCGUCAUUGCUGGACAACGUACCCACGAUUGCGGAGCCAGUCGGAUCGAGGCAAACCAUGCAGCCGGGAGCGGAAGGUGGCAUACUUCUGCCCAGCCUCGAGUUAAAUAAUAACGUCGUUCAAAGAAACUUCCCACAGAUACAGGCAACGCCUCGAGGGAUCAGACAACGUCAGAAGUAUAGCAACGUUCGACCUGGUGGAGCUGGGUGCGAUGAGGAAGCUGACGGGCUUAAACAACUUCAGACGGAUCAAAACGAAUCAGUGAAGCCGCUCCUGGUCGAACCCUUCGAGGCUGAAGUGAUUAAGAGAGACGAGCUUGAGAAAGUAUCUUCGACGCUACGUAAAAUUGAGAGUAUUCAUAAACGCCGUGCGGAGCGCCGACAUCGGCAGAAAGAAGAAAUGGAAGUUCUACAAGCUCAGAAAAGCAAAGAAGAGUUUGGUGCUAAUCAACAACUCUAUGACAUGAUUCAUUGGUCAGUGGUCCUUUUGCAUGAAGUGUACAGUCAGAGGCGCAGGAAGCGACAUAGGAAAAGUCGUGUCCAACUCUCGAGGGCAAAUGCUAUCGACCUGUUCUACACUGCUGGCAAUCUGUUGUUGAAGGCGUACAAGGCCACUCUGCCACCUCAUCUCUCUGGAGGAAACUACGACGCGUCGGAAGUAGCGAUCUGCGUUGUGGUCCGGAAACGACCUUUGAGUAACCAAGAAAUUGCCAUGCGCGUUGUCGACGUGGUAACCGUCCAAGUAGACACCGUAAUCGUGCAUGAACCAAAAGUCAAGGUCGACCUAAGCCGCUCCAUUGAUAAUAUUAAAUUUCGAUUUCAUUUUGCCUUUAACGAAGACUGUGACAACUUCACCGUGUAUAGGUGUACAACCCUGCCAUUGAUACGGUCCGUUUUCGAUGGCUCAAUGGCAACCUGUUUCGCCUACGGCCAAACGGGUUCAGGUAAAACCUACACAAUGAGCGGACAAGGUCAGCUAAAGGGCCUGUACACGCUGGCUGCAAGCGACGUUUUCAGGAUGCUUCAAACGUAUGGCAGCGCAUCAUUUGAAAUCCGCGUCAGCUUUUUCGAAAUUUACGGCUCGAAGGUUCUUGACCUGCUGAACGAUAAGAGCCCAUUGAAAAUUAUGGAAGAUAACCGACAGCGUGUCGUAGUCGUCGGAUUAACCGAGGUGGAAGUUUCGGAUGAAAGCGUCAUGCUAGAUCUCAUCAACAAGGGUAACGUCGCUAGAACAUCAGCAAACACAAAAGGCAACGAGAACUCAUCAAGGUCGCAUGCUGUUUUUCAGAUUCUCUUAUUUCGAGAAUCCUCACUUCAUGGAAAACUAUCUCUAGUUGACCUGGCCGGCAAUGAAAGAGGUUCAGAUACGAUUAUCUCCAAUCGACAAACGCAACUUGAAGGGGCCGAAAUCAACAAAAGUCUACUUGCGCUGAAGGAAUGCAUUAGGGCUUUUGGUAAACCCGGGGCCCAUCUUCCGUUCCGGGCAUCAAAACUUACGCAGAUACUAAAGGAUUCAUUCACUGGAAAGCGCAGUCGGACAUGCAUGAUUGCCAUGAUUUCGCCCGGUCAAAAUUUUUGCGAGAACACAUUAAAUACGUUACGCUAUGCUAACCGAGUAAAGGAGCUCAAACAUUCAACUGAUGGCAGUGCCCAUACCGAUGGGCAUAUUGUAAACGAUAAACUUAUACAGAAUCCACCGUAUACGCAGGUAAGGUCUCUUUCACUGUUACCGAAUGGAUCUCUACUGUUGGCAGCAUUCUACAAACGAUAUGCCCCUGUCGUAGAAGCCCUGCAAAAGAUUGAAAGACUGAAGGCCGUUGACAAUACUUCUGCGGAUGAGGCACGACGAGCGAUAAGGCGGCUGUUGAAACUGAAUCAAAUGGCGCUCAAUCAUACGCUAGAUGAUCUUCAGAAGUUGAGGUAACCGAAACUGUCCGAAGAUGCUUUAAGACGACACCCAAUCUGUUGGAGAGACAUAUUCAUCGAAAAUACCCCGUAAUAUCCCUAUAGCGUGGGCUAUUUUCGUACAUAAUGUCUUAAUAAUUUAGCCAAUACAUUCGGGACUGAUGUGAAAUUAACAUGAUUCACUUUACUAUCGUGUGUUAUGUGACAA